UCAGUUGGGCGUGGCUUGUGUGUGGGCGGAGUGAUGGCGUACUUCCUUUGGCGGGCGCUGUGAGAAAUUCAAAGCCGCGACUCAAACCGUUCAGUCCAUUUUCUACGGGUUAGUUCUUCUAGGCAGGAUUUGGUCGGAGUAAAGUCGUCUUUUUUCACGGCGUGCAGAGAUGUCGUGGGAUUUUAUUGUACCGAUUUGUUUGGACGAUCUCGUGAAGUCUGGUGCUAUUAACCAGUAUGUUGUUCAAGAUGUGCUAUCUGUUAAACAGUUUCCCUCUCACAUCAACAGUUUUAAAGCAGCACUCAGAAGUCAAGGGCCUCUGUGCAUUCUGGAGCAUUUUGACACGGCAUACAGUGUUUUGCAACAUUGUCGCACAGUUGAUGUGACAGUAAAAGAAGAUACGUUGGAGUUGCUGAUUCAAGUGGUCAGAGGCCUGUCCGUUUCCCUGCCGACCCUUCUCCUGUCCGGGUCUCUGUCAGCCGUGGACCGCAAACAGCAUCUCAACGCUGUGAAGAUGAGCGUUUUUCUUCUUUGCAAACUCACUGAAACGCUCGAGAGUGACUCAUACAGGGAGACUAUUGUCACAGCACCCAGCAAGGGUCGUAAGAAGGAUAAAGUUGCUGGAAAGGGUCUCCUGCAGUGGGACAGUGAGAGAGAGACUGUUCUCCAGUGUUUGACUCAACUGCUGCAGCUGGACAUUCGCACACUGUGGAGCCUGUCUCUAGUGGAGGAAGAGUUUGUUAGUUGUGUGACAUGCUGUUGCUAUAAACUCCUGGAAAACCCCACUAUAAGUCAUGUGAAGAGCAAGUCCACCAGAGAUGCCAUCAUUCAUGUGUUAGGAAUCAUGGUGAAGAAAUACAAUCACAUGUUAGGAGCAUGUGUGAAAGUGAUUCAGCUAUUGCAGCACUUUGAGCAGCUGGCAUCAGUAUGUGCUCAGGCUGUUGCUUCCUGGAGCUCAGAGUAUGGGGUCAAGGCCAUCGUCGGAGAGAUCAUGAGAGAGAUCGGUCAGAAGUCAAGUGAGGAAUUAGCCAGAGAAGGUUCAGGUGUGAAGGCUUUCUCUAGUUUUUUGUCAGAACUCAGUACACUGGUACCUGAAACCAUGAUCCCCAACAUCAGUGUUCUGCUCACACACCUGGAGGGAGAGAGUCCGAGCCUGCGGGUGGCAGUGUGUGAGGUUCUCGGUGAGGUUCUUGUCCGGGUUCUGUCUGGCGACAAGCUGGAUGAUUCUGCUCGUGCAAGCCGAGAUCGUUUCCUGGACACACUGCAGGAGCACAUCCAUGAUGCACACUCACAUGUCCGAGCACGUGUGCUACAGGUCUAUGCACGUAUUGUCAACAGCAAGGCCUUGCCCUUGUGCAGGUACACAGAAGUUAUGGAGCUAACCGUUGGGCGUUUGGGUGACAAGUCUGUCCACGUGUGUAAGAGUGCUAUACAGCUGCUGGCUGCCUUCAUCGCUCAUAACCCUUACAGCUGCAAGUUGAGCAGUGUGGAUCUGAAAAAGCCCCUGGAAAAAGAGAUGACCAAACUAAAAGAGAUGAGAGAUGCCCAAAAAGAGCAAGUUCCCGUUGCAAUCAUCACAGCCACUGAUCUUUGGGAUGCGAUGAAACCUGAGUUGGAGAUGACUGUGAAGGCACAACUGGAGCCUGGCAGUGAGGAAGAGGAGAAUGACGAGGAGGAGGCAGGGGAAGUGGAGGAGAGAAAUGACAGAGACACUGCUUUACAAAUUGCACAGCUUCUCAGGGAAAGCAAAUACAGGAAGGCAGUGUGUCUAUGCAUGCGUGCUCAUUCUCUAUACCCACAGUCAUCAUUCUUCUCAGAUCUGGCAGACAUGAAUGCAGAAACCCUCAUCAAAACACUUGCAACACUUUUCAAGGGUCCAGAACCAGAACAGGAGACACCUGAGACGGUGCCGAGCGAUGCUCCACCCACCCCACAGAAAGAGGGUGAAGGGAAUCAAGGUAGAGAGAGUGAACUAAAGAAGCAGGAGAUGUUGGUUCAGUAUUUGAAAGACACAGAGAGCUUCGCUUUACAAGUGGAAAGGGCUAUCGCUGUCAUUAACAACAUGCUGUACUGGAAAACCACUACAGUUGUGCAGGAGGCAGUGCAGUUCUGUGUCACGGCAUUUGAGUUUAGUGUGGCCAACUCUGUAUGUGGGGUCAGAAAGAUGUUGCCUCUUGUCUGGUCUACUGAUGCCACAAUCAAAGAUGCUGUCAUUCAGGCCUACAGACGCCUGUACCUCAACCCCCAUGGUGACAACACCAGGGCAAAGGCUCAGACUCUAGUGGAUAAUCUGUCAGAUCUGAUGAUUGAUGCUUCAUUGGGGACCGUCCAGUGUCUGGAGGAGAUUGUCCAGGAGUUUUUCAGCAGUGAGAGUUCCUUGCAGACUUCAGUGGUGCAGGUUUUGUGGGAAAGGUUCUCUGGGAAACGAGAGACUAAAACGCUUCACAGGAGAGCUGCAGUGCUAUUGCUGGGCAUGGCAGCACGUGCUGAGAGGGAGGUGGUUCUCAGUAAUUUGGACACACUGUGUUCUGUCGCUCUGGGUGAGAAGGUUGCAGAAGAUUACCUUCUGGCUCGAGACACACUAAUCACCAUUGCUAACAUAACAGACCAUGUGAGGCAAUCCAAGGGUGUUCCCUUCAGGCUUCCUAUGGACCACCAUCUCUUCAGCUGUCUGUCCCAAGCCAUUGCUGAUGGAGUGGUCCAGUCCGACCCCCACUGGCAGGCCUUCAUGGAACAGGCUGUCCGUCUCAUUUACUUUUUGGCAGAGUCCCCUGACCAGCUGUGUUCCCGCCUCCUCCAGAGGGCUGCUCAUCUUUUACUGGAACAAAUCACAGAGGGCGGAGAGCUCAACCAAUCAGAACUGCAGGAAGGCGGGUCUCAGGGCUCUGAGGAGCAAGUUAAUUGCGUGAGCUUGGCCCAGGUGCUUUCACUGUGUGGAGCUGUGGCCUUCUGGCAGGUGUCCCACCUUGAAAGAAGUGUAAGCGCUGAGCUGCGGAGGAGGAGGGGAGAAAAGGAAGAGAAGGAGGAGAAAGAGAAGGCACCUGCUAACAAAAAGGAAGCAAAUGACAGUUGUGUGGAGGAGGAGCUCGGGCUAGUGGGUGCUUCAGCUGAGGACACAGAGGCUGAGUUUAUCCGCAAGAUGUGUGAGACGGAGUUAUUAUCUGAAGGAAACAUGUUGAGCGCCUCUUUGCCGUUGCUGGUGAAAGUUUGUAGCUCUCCUGGGAAAUAUUCUCACCCUCAGCUCACCACUGCUGCCUGCCUGGCUCUGUCUCAGUACAUGAUGAUCAGUCCUGCUGUUUGUAAAGACAAUAUCCGGCUUCUGUUCACGGUGCUGGAAAAAUCCCCGCUUCCUGUUGUCAGGGCCAAUACAACUGUGGCUCUUGGUGACUUAACAGUUCGUUUUCCCAACAUCCUGGAACCCUGGACACCAAAUCUUUACGCCAGGUUGAGUGAUGAGAGCGCAUCUGUGAGGCUGACUGCCAUCACGGUAUUGACCCAGCUGGUGCUGAAGGAUGUGAUGAAGGUCAAAGGUCAGGUCAGUGAGGUUGCAGUGCUCCUGCUGGACCCUGAACCACACAUUGCCAGCCUUGCUCUCAACUUUUUCAACGAGCUCUCCGCAAAGGACAACGCCAUUUACAACCUGCUGCCAGACAUCAUCAGCCGAUUAUCUGAUCCUGAACGUGGAAUGAAGGAGGAGGACUUCAACACCAUUAUGAAACAACUCUUCUCCUACAUCACUAAAGAGAGACAGACAGAGAGUUUAGUGGAGAAGCUCUGCCAACGAUUCAGAACCGCAAAGACCGAGCGUCAGUGGGCAGAUCUAGCCGUGUCUCUGUCCUUGUUGUCUGUGUGCGAGCGAGGUUUUAAAAAGCUGCAGGAGUGCUGGGACUGUUACAGUGAUAAACUCACUGAGUCUGGAGUCUAUCAGCCCCUCCUGUCUAUUGCAGCCAAACUCCGUCGAAGAGCAAAACAACAGUUUAAGGCACAGGUUGAAGAUUACGAGAAGCGCUUGACAGCUGUUCACACUAAAGGUCUGGAGAAUGUGGAGAACGAGGAAAGAGAACAGCAGAUGGGGGAGGCGCAAAGUCCAAAGCCACAGCCUCCCAAGAGCGUGCGCAAAACCACACGAGGGCGUAGUAAACCGAAGUUAGACGACAGUGACCUUGUAACCCCAAGAAAAUCUUCUCGUUCCAAACCUGCCAUCACCUUCAGCAGUGAUGAAGAAGAGGAAGAGGAUGCUGUCAUGGCAGAGAGCGAGACACCUAAAGUGACGACACCCAUCGCCCGCACGCGACGCACUCGUCUCAGACACUGAGCAGUUUUACAGUGUUUUUGUUUUGUUUUUUUCUCUAAAAUUUAAUUUGGUUUUAGAAUGAAGUCUUUGUCAUUUUAUAAGUGUUGUCAUCAAUAUGGUAUAUCUGCGUUUUAAUUUUUUAAUUAAACGUUUUUAAACCAAGAGCGUAAUUUUUUUUGUGUGUUGUUGUUGUAGUUGUUGCCUAUAAAUGUCUCCUACUCAAAUGUAUAACUUCAUUUUUAAUAAAUUGGAUUUUAAAAUGUCA